AUGGCUACGGGAGCAAACGCAACUCCUUUAGGGAAGUUGCAUCCCAGUAUUGGCGCUAAACGAGGAUUUGACGCCGGGCCUGGUGCGGGGAACGGGUUGAUGCCAACACCGGGGCCACCCGCAUCCUUUCCUCCCCUCCAAGGUUUCCAGCCCGCUAUGCCAAAUGCAUCUUUUCCGUCACUUCAGUUUAAUCCAGGGACAGGUUUUUCAACCCAGGUACCGCAGCCACCAGCUGCAGGGGGCGGACUGGCGAAACCCGAUUUCAAUCAGAAAAAACAAAGGAAGAAGAGUCGAUGGAGCAGUGAGACGCCUGAUCAGAAGACUGUAAUACCCGGUAUGCCCACUGUCAUUCCCCCUGGACUGACCCGGGAUCAAGAGAGAGCCUAUAUAGUCCAACUGCAGAUUGAAGACCUGACUCGUAAACUGCGUACAGGAGACCUGGGAAUCCCUGUUAACCCUGAGGACAGGUCUCCCUCUCCAGAGCCCAUCUACAACAGCGAGGGCAAGAGGUUAAACACCCGCGAGUAUCGCACACGCAAGAAGAUUGAGGAAGAGCGUCAUUCCCUCAUCACUGAGAUGGUUGGACUAAACCCAGACUUCAAGCCUCCUGCAGACUAUAAGCCUCCAGCUACCAGAGUCAACGACAAAGUAAUGAUCCCCCAAGAUGAAUACCCUGAAAUCAACUUUGUUGGUCUGCUAAUUGGGCCACGUGGUAAUACACUGAAGAACAUUGAAAAGGAGUGUUGCGCCAAGAUCAUGAUCCGGGGAAAAGGUUCUGUGAAGGAGGGGAAGGUAGGCCGAAAGGAUGGCCAGAUGCUGCCAGGGGAGGAUGAGCCUCUGCAUGCCCUAGUCACUGCCAACACCAUGGAGAAUGUCAAGAAAGCUGUGGAGCAGAUCCGGAACAUUCUGAAGCAAGGCAUUGAGACACCUGAGGAUCAGAAUGACCUACGAAAGAUGCAGCUGAGAGAGCUGGCCAGACUCAACGGCACGCUGAGGGAAGAUGACAACAGGAUUCUUCGUCCUUGGCAGAACGCUGAACCACGCAGCAUCACCAAUACCACCCUCUGUACCAAGUGUGGUGGAGCAGGCCACAUCUCCUCUGACUGCAAGUACACCAGCUCCUUUGCUGCCCAUAGAGCAACAGGUGGCGAGCCUCCUCAGUCGGCCCAGGACAAGGCACGAAUGGACAAGGAGUAUCUGUCUCUCAUGGCUGAACUGGGGGAGGCUCCAGUCCCCACCUCUGGUGGAGGACACUCGAGCAGCCAGGGAGGAGGACCUCGGGCCUCAGGACCCAACAAUAACCAGCCACCACCACAGAACCGGCCUCCUUGGAUGAGCUCCGGUCCCACUGAGAACAGGAACUUCCAUGGCAUGCAUGGUGGACCUGGUGGCCAUGGAGGACCCCACAACUUCCCUCCCCCCAUGCCUAACAUGGGAGGCCCACCUAUGCCCCCCAACCCUAAUGGCCUGCCUCCCCCCUGGAUGCAACCCCCUCCUCCACCCAUGGGCCAGGGUCCAGGACCUCAUGGACACCCCAUGGGUCUGCUUCCACCUCCAAUGGGCAUGAUGCCGCCUCCACCACCUCCUCCCAGCAACCAGCCACCUCCUCCCCCUUCUGGACCUCUGCCACCAUGGCAACAGCAAGCUCCACCUCCCCCUCCAACCAGCAGCAUGGCAACCAGUACACCACUGCCAUGGCAACAGAAUACCACCACCACGUCCAGCCCUGGCACCGGCACCCUGCCCCCAUGGCAGCAGCCCCAGCAGCCUGCAGCCUCAGGAGCUCAGCCCCCCCCACCAAUGGGCACCCCAUCCAUGGUGCCACCUCCUCCUGGCGUCCAGCCCCCAUUGCCCCCAGGCGCCCCCCCUCCUCCUCCACCACCACCUCCAGGCUCAACCGGCAUGAUGUAUGCCCCACCGCCUCCCCCACCACCCAUGGACCCUUCCAACUUUGUCACCAUGAUGGGGAUGGGCGUACCGGGCAUGCCCCCCUUCGGCAUGCCUCCUGCCCCUCCACCUCCUCCACCUCAGAAUUAACCCUGUUGCAGGAGAAUUGUCCUCCCACAAAAGUCUCCACCCUGCAGCACAUUGUGGAUGUGUGCUCACAGAAAAAAUAUAACCAGUGCUUUAUUUUUUAUUGAUCCUUUAUAUUGUGAAGACAUCUCUGAAAUGAUGAAAGGCUGUCAGUUCGAUUUGUAAAGUUGCGUAACUUAAUGAGUUAUUUUUCCUGUUUUUAAAGUUUGUGUUAACAAGAGCUCCUUGUGUGCAUACAAUGCUGUUGCUCUCGGGCAAAUGUUCUGUAUUGCUACCAUAGUUUGUCCCGUCACUUCUUGUAUACCAAAUAAAGAGCUCAAAUAGCCCGCCAGACGUUUAAUUUCUGCUCAACAGUCUCAUUGCUUCAAGUGUUCAGUUCAAACCUAAACACUUAACUAUUAUUCGAUUUAAGAUAUUGAAGUUUAACUUGCAUGACCCAUUGUAACAACUCACUCAAACUGAUACUACUGUCAUGUUCCCGAUGUUGGCUUAUAGUUGAAUAAGAUGAAUAUUUUUCUAAUGAUGACGUGAAGUGUUUCUUAGUUCUGUCUGCAACCCUUUUUGUAGUACUGUCUCAUUGUUUUCUAGAAAUUCCCAGGGUUUUAAUUGUUUUUUUCUUUUGUUACUUGCCUGCAUCUCAGCUGUGACAUUGAGCUUGAAAAGGGGAUUUGAUGCUACAACCUGCUACCUUCUGAGGCCAUGCACUACUUGAAUGCUGAGAAUCUGAUGUAUCCUUGUUUCUCUGCAUCUCUCUGCUCUGACGCUGUGUGCAGUGUUUGUGUUGCUUUUGCAAGGACAAAAGUAUCAGUUUGUCCGUCGAGUUAUUAGAGAAGAGUGUUAAUUUUACUGUUUCUGGAAUCAGUCUGUUGUGUUAUGGCGCUAGUCUGAAUGAAAAGCUGUUGAAAUCUUGCUUGGUUUAGCAUUAAACAGAUCCAUUUCACCUUUUU